AAUUGACGUCUGUCAUUGCUACUCUUCCCAAGUUGGUGAAAUUAAUAAAAGACAAAUAUUAUCUUUUUAGAAGAAGUCUAAUUCGAUUUCAGCAUUUAUCGUCAUUAUUUCGCAUUAUUUUUGAAAUAAGUUUUGUUUUAAUUGCGGUUUAAUAAUGGCGGAUGUGCUAGAUAUUGAAAAUUCUGAAGAAUUUGAGGUCGACGAAGUCGGAGAACAGGGCAUUGCUCGGCUUAAAGAGAAGGCGCGCAAACGCAAAGGGCGUGGUUUUGGCAGUGAAACAGGUGUCGGUGGCUCAGAGAGAGGCAACAGAGGCAGAUAUGACAGCCUAGCACCUGAAGGCGAUGGCAGCACACCAGGUCCGCAGAGGUCUGUGGAAGGCUGGAUCCUGUUUGUGAGCAAUGUGCAUGAAGAGGCGCAAGAGGAGGAUAUACAGAGCCAAUUCUCAGAGUUUGGUGAAAUAAAAAACAUCCAUUUGAACCUGGACCGGCGUACAGGGUUCCUCAAGGGUUACGCCUUGGUGGAGUAUGAGACUCACAAGCAAGCUGAGAGCGCCAAGAUAGCCCUAAACGGUGCGGACGUGCUUGGUCAGGCGAUCUCUGUGGACUGGUGCUUCGUCAAAGGCCCCACCAAGACUCACAGGAAACGUCGAUAACCUUUAUGUAGUCUUUAUGUAAAGCACUUUUAAACUUGAGCCUCAAUAAUCCCAUCACUAGACAUUGGAUUAUAUGCACUAUCAAAGGGUGUGAUAUCGUGCGCGCGGGGUAGAGGAAAGGACUGCACAGGUAUGAUAUCGAGCGCGUGGGCCAUCGCUACCCCGCUC